AUGGCCCCCUCUUCUUCGCGCGAUCCGACUGCUGCCUCACCCAACUCGUCGUCCUUCCUAUCCUCAACUUCCAACCAAGUCACCGCAGGGUCGGUGCGAAGAAAUCUCUUUUCCGCACAUCUUUCGCGACGCCCAGCCUCGGGAGUACAACCGCAAUCUCAAUCAAAUAGUCAGGCUCGACGACAUGAUUCACAGUCGCAAAUCCAAGGGCAACAGUACGGUAGUAGCCUUCCACGUCUACGGGGUCAUCAGCGUUCAGUGUCCACGCCGUCUCUCUCACCCUCUCCGCCACGGUCGUCUCCCUUUCAUGAUCCUCCGAACAACGGCACCAGCUCUACUUUCAUCCCCCCUCCGAUACCGCAACUAUCACCUCCCCACCGCACAGCACUGGCAGAUGGGUACGACCCUACAAUUUCUCCCCAUCGACCGAUCAGUCCGCGAUCGUCUGCAGCUCUCUUUCCAAAUCAAUCGAUCAUCGCGUUAAAUCCACUUACAGGGCGUCCCGUCCUGCCGAAACUCCCCAUACUCCCUGGCAGACUAAGACUGUCGGACUCGGACGAUGGCCAUGAAGGGGACCAUGCAGAAGACGCCGAGGAUGAGGAGGUGGCACAGGAGGAAGCCGGGACGCAAGAACGGGAAUUGUCUGACGUUGAACUCCAUGACCCUUCGGCGCAAGCCUAUGCCAGGCACCCACGACGCCGAAGAGCGCGACGCCACGAUCCCUAUGACCAUCACACGUCUCACAUCGCGACCGCGGACCAUGCUCACGCCGCCGCGAUGGCCGCCGCAGCCGCCAGCGCCGAGGCCGAGGCCGAGGCCGAAGCAGACGAAGAACGACGGGACCGCCAACGCAUCGAGAGACUGCUACGGGAAAUGAUGGCGAGACAACGCGCGCGAGCCAAAGGGAAAAUAGCCAAAGUAUCGAAGGUAUCGCCCUCGCCGUCGUCUGAGGAGGACGAAGAAGCCGAGCAAGAUGAACUGAUGGGAUUAAUCAUGGGCAGUCUACGAAGGGAAGUGGCCAGGGCCGACGUGGAAGCUUGGAUGUUUGGCGAGCCCUUGGGAGUGGGAGGGAUUGCGGGGAGAGACGAGGUUGCUGUGUACGACUAA